GCGCCAUUGUUUUUGAAAAUAAAUUCCCCCAAAUGACAUUCCCAGUGACAUUCUUGAUCUAACCUAUUUAACCUAUAAAUUUUAAUCUUCGUUAAAAUUCAAAUAAAAUCAUGGAUAGUGUUUCAAAUUUAACCGGAGCUCAAAAAGACGAGCUAAUGGAUACAGUUAAACAACAAAUAGCUGUAGCAAAUGCCCAGGAACUUCUAACUAAAAUGACUGAAAAGUGUUUUAAAAAAUGCAUAUCAAAGCCUGGAACCUCUUUGGACAGUUCAGAGCAAAAAUGUAUAGCAAUGUGUAUGGACAGGUAUAUGGACUCGUGGAAUCUUAUUUCUAGAGCAUACAGUAUGCGAAUUCAAAGGGAAAGAAGCCUAAACUAGUAAAUAUUUCUUUGUACAUAAAUUUACCAAUAUAGUGUGGCAUAGUUGUUUAAUACAGUGUAUUUUUACUGUUUGAUUGUAUGGCUAACGUGUGCAUUUAUGGUUGUGUACAGUAUGGACACAUGGGCAUUUUUGUUAUUUUACCCCACUUAAGCCAUUGUUAUUAAAUGUUUUUUUGUGAGCAUUGCUUUUUAUUUAUUGAGUUCUUAA